AUGAUAUUACACAGGCUGUUAGUUCUAUCCCUAGAUUGGGGUUUCUCACAGGCUUCGCAGGCCUCCAACUUCAGGGUAUCGAAGGAUGUCGCCGAAUCUUUAUCUUGCGGACAGCUCUGUCAAAAGAAUCUCGGUGACGCUAAUAAAGUUGACAUAAAAACUUUUGGCAACAAUUUUGAUUUUGACUUCUACGCAACGGCAGAAAACUUCACCAACUGCCAGGAACCCGGCAAAAUUCUCAAGCUCAAGGCAACUGACCCUGCUGAGCUCAAUGUCGAUCCUGGAGUGACAGCUUUUCGAAUUCAAUACACCUCUGUAACUUCAACCGGAGACAUUGUGCCUGUUACAGGCUUCAUUGCCUUUCCUCUGCGGCCUUCGAGUCUUAAUUCUACCCAAGAAGGCCGCUAUAACUUGGUAGCCCUCGCACACGGAACUAUAGGCCUCUUUCGCGGCUGUGCUGUUUCAAGCAGCCCUGCCCUUGACGACUUUGGCACUUGGCAGCCAGCACUUCGCAAAGGCUUUGCCGUAGUCGGAACAGACUACGCUGGACUAGGCAACAAUCAUACCUCUCAUAAGUAUCUCAACAUGAUAGACCAUACCAAUGACGUAUACUAUUCUACUGUUGCAGCACGUGAGCUUUUUGGGGCACAACUGUCCCUGAACUGGAUGGUUUUAGGUCACUCCCUCGGGGGCGGAACGGCUUGGAAGCUUGCAGAAAGCUCCUUUGUCAAGAAUGACUCGUCCUACGUCGGGAGCAUUGCCUUGGCCCCAGCUAACUACUUUGUUGACAUGAUGCGGGAGUACGUCAACCAAACUCUGGCCGCUGGACUUCUCUUUUUUGUGGCAGAGGGCGCUGAACGAUCGAUUGAUGGUUACCAAGGGUCAUUUCUGACAACUGUGAUGCGAUCACGCCUUCAAUUGGCUAAGCUCGCGCAGUCAUGCCUCUUUGCUACUUUUUCACUGACCUAUGAUAUUGCCCAAAGAGACAUUUUUAAUCACAAAGGUUUUCAACAUGACGAGGAAACUCUUCUUCAAUGGCAAAAACAAGUCUCCGCUGGUCAAGGAGCUCGCUCUCCGGCCCCAGUUCUUGUGAUUCAGGGUGGACGAGAUACUGCAAUCUUGGAAAGCGCCACCAAUAAAGCUUAUAAUAAGUCUUGCGAAGCUGGAAACGAGAUUCACUAUCUUUUAUAUCCGGAACAGUCACAUGGGUCGGUAAUACAAGCUGCAGAGCCGGAUUGGGUCACUUGGCUGGAGAGGAGGUUUGCGGACCCCAAAAGCUCUCCUAGUCGUUGUUUUCACACGGUGAAGCUGCCUUUCCGUUCUGAAUAUGUGAAAGCGCCAGGAGACUUUUGGGAGACACCCGAACACAAAUGA